UGGCAACUAGCUUAGCUAGCUUGCAACUAGCCGGCUCGUUAACACUAUUUAGUUUUCCGUUUCAGUAUUUAUAAUGUAUUGUUUCGGAGAACAUAUAGACGUUCUCACAGUAAGUAUAUAUUAUUUACUAGCUAGCUACUAACAAUAAAGGUGAUACAUAACCGUAUUAAGACCCUUGCUAGAUGUUGACCAGUGACCACUGCAGCCGCCAUCCAUUAUGGACGAAGGAACCUUGGAGGCGGCCAUCUCUGCCUACGAGGCUCAGCGACAGCAGGUGGAGGGCGCUCUGUCCGCCGGCCUGGACCCCGCGCAGCAGUCCGACCUCCUCCAACUGAAAGAGGAUCUCACUCAGCUCAUCGAGCUGACAGAGGCCAGCUUGGUGUCGGUCAAAAAGAGCCGGCUCUUGGCGUCUCUUGAGGAGGGAAACUUGUUUCUGUCACAGACUGCGGACGACGCGUCGGCGACCGGCGGCGGCCUGGACAACGAGUUCGCCGCCUUCUACUCUGAAGUCGGAGAGGUCUCCGGAAGCAGCUCGGACACACGGGAGAGAGGGGAUGAGAGGGACAAUGAGCGGAAGGAUGAUAACGGAGAAGAGGAUGAGGAGGAGGAGGAGGACACGCUCAGUGGCACCAAGGUGCGAGCCCCCUACCGCACCUCCUGGGGCGUGCUGGAGUACCACAACGCCAUGGUGGUGAACACAGAGAGCCCAGAUGAGGAGGAGGAGGCCCAAGUCAGGGUUCUGUAUGUCCAUCCCACUCAGAAGUCCAUGAAACCGUGUCCCUACUUCCUGGAGGAUAAGUGUCGCUUCCUGGAUGACUGCAGGUUCUCCCAUGGUGAAGUAGUGCGUGUGUCUGAGCUGAGAAUGUUCCUGGAGGCCGACCUCAGUAACCUCCAAGAGGGCUCGCCCUGCCUGGCUCGACAUGAAGAUGGGAUCUGGUACCCAGCUAGAAUAACAGAUAUUGACAACGGCUUCUUCACGGUGAAGUUCAACUCACUGCUGCUGAAAGACGCCGUGUUGGAGGCGGAUGGGGUCAUCCCACCAAUGAGAGACGACGACUCGCUCUCCUCCGACUCGUCUGAGGAUGAAGACCUGAUAGAUGGGGAGGCAGCCUUUGCCAGAGUUUUGGAUCACUCCCAAGAGGAUGACAAGAUCCAGUCUAGCGGUUCUUCCUUUGGGGGCUGGGAGGCACACACAAGAGGCAUCGGCUCCAAGCUCAUGCUUAAAAUGGGAUACGAAUACGGGAAAGGUUUGGGCAAGACCUCUGAGGGCAGAGUCGAGCCCGUCCUAGCGGUGGUUCUCCCCAAAGGCAAGUCCCUGGACCAGUGUGCUGAGCUCACUGGGCGCAGGACCCAGAGCAAGACCUCGAACAAUGGCGAACAGGUGGCCAACAAAAAGAGGAGGAGGAAGAGGAAGGGCCGAGCGGGCCCCUCUGGGGGCCGCCGCAACGUCUUUGACUUCCUCAACCGCAAACUGGGGGACGGGGGGGCGGAUGGUGGUGGGGGCGGUGGUGGGGGCCCCGCCCCCGCUCCGUCUCAGCGGGGGUCCGGGGUGGAGGCGUACAGGGGGGGUAAGAACGCCAAGAGGAGCCUGAACGUGAAGGUGUUCCAGGCUGCGGAGAGAGUGACCCAGACGGAGAGGGAGAUCCAGAGGCUGACUGAGUCGCUCAGGAGGCGCAGUGGGAGGGACGUAACCAUGGUGACCCACCUAGAGGAGAGGCUGAGUGCGGCGCGCAGCCUGCUGACCCAGCAGAAGGCCCAGGAGAUCUCCAUUCAGAGGGAGAACAGGAAGGCCGACACGCACAAGAAAAUGACCGAGUUUUAAACUUUUACUGGCCGAUCGUUGGAGGCACAAAUAGGCAGGACUGUCAAGGAGACCUUCUUGAGUCGAAGGACACAAAAGACUAUUUACAUGUUUUGUAAGGAAUUUGUUUUGUGUGGCUAAUGGCUACAUGCAUUUGUGACUUUUGUUUAUGUUUUGGUGUAACUGAAUUUCUUCAACUUUGAUCAUGGGAAGUCAUUUUGACUGUUUGGUCGGCCUUGUUUCUUCUCGUUAACACCAAUUCUUUUACAGUUUAAAAAUGUUUCAACACAAGUGGAUUAUUCCUUUUUUGGGGAAAAUGUGUUUGCCAAAACCAAUGGAUGAAACUGUACCUGAUCAUACAUUGUAAAUAUAAACUUCAUGUACUUAAAAA